UCAUUGUCUUUUUUUUUUAAAUUACAUAACUUUAAAGUACGUCAGAUAAUUUGUAGAAAAAAGUAACUGGUAAUCGUACAUCAUGUGAUACGAACUUGAACCAAUCAUAUAUCAAAUAUUGUUUUAAAAAGAACGGAAGACAUUGCCUGAUAAACAGGUCUGGAACGAUAGACAUACAAAGAAUCAAACAUGGAAGGAAGUAGUGCGACAUUCGGAGUAGUUGACUACAUAGUAUUUGCAGCCAUGUUAAUAGUUUCGGCUGCUGUAGGAGUAUAUUUUCAAUUUACUGGAGGAAAACAAAGGACUACGGAAGAAAUUAUUUUAGGAGAUAAGAAAAUGUCUGUUAUGCCUGUUGCUUUUUCUUUAAUGGCGAGUUUCGCUUCGGCUAUUGGAAUGUUAGGUUUCUCUGCAGAAAAUUAUCUGUUCGGAUUUCAUUUAGCAUUAUUUUCUAUUGUAACUUUUAUAAGUACUUUUAUUAUUAUAUAUGUUUAUCAUCCGGUAUUUUAUAAUAUGCAAAUCACUACUGUUUAUGAGUAUUUAGAUAGAAGAUUUGGUAAACCAACAAGAAUUAUAGGUUCAUUAGCCUUUAUGUUUCGAAUGAUAUUUUAUAUGGCUGUAGUUUUAUAUGCCCCAGCAUUAGCGAUGAGUGCAGUUACGGGAAUAUCUAUGUGGGCGUCUAUCUUAUCCGUUGGAAUAGUUUGCACUUUUUAUUGCACUAUUGGAGGUAUAAAAGCUGUACUAUGGACUGAUCUCAUACAAGGACUUAUCAUGUAUGCGACUAUGAUUACAGUUAUUGUAAAAGGUUCUCUUGAUGUUGGUGGAAUUACAAAUGUUUGGAAGAUUGCAACCGAAGGUGGACGAACUGAAAUGGCCAGUUUCACGGCAGAUCCAACUGUUAGAUAUACAUUUUGGUCUAUAUUUAUUGGAGGAAUCUCUUUCCAUUUAGCUACUAAUGCCGUUACACAGACCCAAGUACAAAGAAUGAUGACUUUAGACUCCAUUAAAAAGUCAAGAAGAGCGAUAUGGGCAAGUGUUCCUUUAAAGACGAUUCAUACUCUAUUUACUUGUUUUUGUGGAGUAAUUUUAUAUUCUAGUUUUGGUUCUUGUGACCCUCUUUUGAACAAAAAAGAAACAAAAUUAUCAUCUUACGAUCAGUUGCUGCCAUAUUUUAUCAUGAAAUCGUUGGGUAAAUUUCCCGGAUUACCCGGAUUAUGCAUUGCUGGAUUAUUUAGUGCUUCUCUUAGUACAUUGUCAUCAGUAAUAAAUUCUUUGGCUGCCGUAACACUCGAAGACUUCAUUCGCCCUAAUUGUUGUUUACAAUCCAUGACAGAAUCCAGAGCUGCAUUUAUAACAAAGAUGUUAGCUCUAGCAUUUGGAAUAUUGUGUAUCUUACUCAGCUAUAUGGUAGAAAAACUGGGAGGUCUUAUGGAAGCAACUAUUACGAUAUCGGGAGUGCUUGGAGGACCAAUGCUUGGGCUUUUCACCUUAGGGAUGUUGUUUGAAAGACCAAAUCAAAAGGGUGCUAUAUCAGGUCUGUUAAUAUCUUUAGCAUUUUGCUUUUGGAUUAGUUUUGGCACAAGAACUUCAAAAUUCAAGAGUAUCAAAUUGCCCUUAUCACUUUCUGGAUGUCCUAAUUCUUCAUAUGUUUUCGAAAACGGAACAAAUUACGCACUUAUUUCUAAAAAUAAUCAAACUUUUAUAAUUGACGAUGUUGAUAACAGUGACGUAUUUCCUCUAUACAAACUUUCAUACAUGUGGUAUUCGGUAACUGGUUGCGUGUCCACUAUUUUAUUAGGAUAUAUAAUCAGCUUAUUCACAGGUCCGAAUAAAGAGAUAGAACCAGAAUUAUUAAGUCCCGUAGUAAUAUGGGGUAGUAGACAUAAAUCUAAUAAUAUUAAGAAAAAGAUUUCUUCUAAAGGAGCUACUAAUGAAAAUUAUGACAGCAACGGAGAAGUUUUGAAAGAAAAGAAAAAUGCAAACGAAGAUAAAUCACCAAGUUGUUAUGUUAUUAGUUCGUCAACUACAGGACUUUAUUCGGAAGAUAAAAACAAUUCCACAAGUAAUUAUGCGGGAGAUAUAGCAAAUCCUUCGUACGACGAUAAAACAAUCACAACUGUUCUGUAACGAUAUUGUGAAUAGAUCUUCCGCAAAGAUACACUCAAUUUAAGUAUAAAUGUAAAUUAGAAUUAAAUUCAAAUUAAACACGAAUGUUUGAUUUGAAAUUAAUAUAAUUUACAUUUAGAAUUGAACUGAAUAAAAGUUUCGAAUGAAUGCAAAAAACAUUUUCUUUCGCAAGUGAUAGGCUAAGUUACGUGUAGAAUAAAUUUUAAAAUAUUUUAAAUAAUUACAAAUUAAUAAGAUAAUGAUAUCUAUCGUUAUAUUCAAGCAACGGACGUCGAAUUUAUGUAAUUUACACUUCGAAAUAUUCUACUUGAAUUGCUGAAUUGUGACCUAAAUCAAAUACAAGUAGACCCCCUAUAACACUGUAGAUAAUUCCGUGUUAUAUGAAUUCCAUGUUAUACGAUUCAUUUAGAUUUUACAAAUACGUGAGCCGUUCACAGCCCGGCACACGUAUUUGUAAAAUCUAAGUGACUCGUACAACACGGAAUUAUCUACAGUGUUAUAUGGGGUCUACUUGUACAGAUGAAUCUCCCAAUAAUGGCCAUCUCUAAGCGGAGUCAUUUAAAAUUCAGGAACAUUGAAAUGAAUACAAAAUAAUCUUUAAACAAUAGCCAUUUUUUUUAUUAUUAUUUUCAUCAGUAGCCUUCGUAUGUUCAGAGAUUUUAAUGUAUUCUGGUUUUCUGUAUUCAUAAAUGAAUGUACUGUAGCAAGUAUAUCUACAGAUACUAAUUUUUGCAUAUAAAUGUACGAAAAU